AUGAUUGGCAACCAUUUUGUGUUCAAAAGGGUUUUGCUAACCAUCCUCUUUAGCUUCUUUGCAUCGCUGUUGAUCUACACUGAUUAUUUGCAGGAGUUGUACUUAUUCAGCAAUAAGUUCAGGCUCACAGAAUUCAAAGUGGAUAUGAGCACCUAUCACUUUCUGAAGAGAUACUCUGACCUGGAACAGCAUUCGCUAUCUUCUAUCAAGCUUUCAAAGGUCUUGGAUACCAUCGAGCAAACGAGUGGCGAUUUGGAUACUGCCGCUAAAGAAUUAUAUCUAUAUCCCCCAUUUCCCAAAUUGGACCUCGUCUAUGUGGGGCCCACAUUUAUCGAGAAUGGUUCGCUAUCGCUCAAUUGUGAAUACAGUUUCAUGAAAUUCAAAUGCCGUGUGCAAGGGCUCAUUCGCAGCGAAAAGACAUAUUUGGUUAACACAUACUUGAGUGACUCGAAAUUCGAGGAAAUUGAGUUUCACGCUUCGUGGAAAAACAUGGUCCAAUUCUACAAGACCAAUCGUCAUAACGACGAGAACACUACCAAUUUGCGUUUAAUAGCGAAUUACCUGUUCCUCUUCGGCUUCAACGGUACCCAUAUCCCUCUUUUUGCGUCCUCAUCCGCUGAAGUCGACUCGGCAACCAUUGAGAAUAAGAUCGAGCUUUACAAUAAGAUACAAAGCACUAUUCGGGACUUCAUCGGGUUGGUCCAAUUAAAAAUGGUCAAUUUUGCGCUCAUUGCAGUUUCGUUCAUUGCUGUCUUGGUAUUGCAUCUUAUUCUUUAUUGGGUGCUCUACCUGGUGUGCGGGUAUCGGUCGAAAAAAAAUACAGAAAACGGCCCAUCGGUGAAUUACGAGGAUGUUAUUGUGCAGGAUUUCAAUUUGCACUCCAAUUGUGCGAUACAAUUCGACCAACCAAGAAAGCCCGAUUUGAUUACCGGGUCAUCUGAUCUGGAGCAGCAGAGUGACAAUAACGAAGAUUUCCAGAACCAGGAUUUAUUGGGUAAAAGCCGUUUCGCGUUUGGGCUUAUAAUAAUUUAUUGUCUCGUCCACUAUCUCGUGUACUACAUUAUUGAUUUCCUAAUUCAGCAAGCCAUCAACCAGAUCUUCCGGAGUGUCACAAAUGGAGAAAUUGAGCUGAGCGGGAUAAGCAGCACAAACACGCUGGUUGCAACUUCAGGACUACCAGAUUUGUCCCCGUUGUCCGAUGGCUCCAGUUGGAACAAUAGCGGCGGAGAAACGUUUACUUCGCUGCUAAAUAUUAGUGGCUUGGUUCUGAAUACGCUUAUAUUCAGCUUUUUCCACUACCUUUAUGGCAUUUUGGUGUACGUUUACACGCUAACGUGA